ACUCUGAGCCGCGACGGUUGCAGCCGCGUUAGCCAUAACUUCCGCAACGCUCGGGGCCAGAACUAAUUUUAUUUCAUUUUAUUUGGAUUUUCCUCCCUUCCUGCUGCCCUCCUUAGACCACCAACGCUAGCAAAAUGCGUCGCGCAGACGCUUUUGCUGUCACGGCUUGUGCGAUUUUGGUCCUGUUGCAGAUGAUGGAACCGGUAAAGGCUGAGGGUAAGUAUACCGUUGUGGGUCCCGGAACCAUCCACUCCCAUCGCGAUUACAAUGUGGCCGUUGCCGUUCACCAGACCAAGAACCCGGUCACCCUGAAGGUGGGCAUCACCGGGCCCUCCUAUAACGAAACCCAGACCGUGGAGUUGGCCAAAUCCGAUGAGUACAAGCAGAUCACCUUCAAACUGCCUCCCCUGGCGGCGGGUAACUAUAACCUCACGGCGGAGGGUGUCAAGGGCCUGCUGUUCAAGAACUCCACCAAGCUGGGCUGGUAUAACGUCAAGCCGAACAUCAUAAUCCAGACCGACAAGGGCAAGUACAAGCCCGGCGAUACGGUCAACUAUCGUGUGAUCUUCCUCAACGAGAACUUGCUGCCGGCUACGGCCACGGAUGAGGCGGUCAUUUGGUUCGAGGACCCCAAGCGGAAUCUCAUCAAGCAGGAGAAGCACAUCAAGACCACCGGUGGCGUGUACACGGGAAAAUUCGAGCUCUCCGAAUUCGCCACCGUGGGCCCUUGGUUCUUGCAGGUGCAGAAUGGCGAACAGCAGUCCUUUGGAGAAUUCGUUCACUCGCGUUUGUCGGAUGCAAUGGUCGUCUUCAUGGUGGAAAAGUAUGUGCUGCCCAAGUACUCGAUCAAAAUGGAGGCCACCAAAAAGGUUUCAGUGCGAGAUGGCGAAUUGAACGUUGUCCUGAAGGCCAAUUACACGUAUGGCAAGCCCGUGAAUGGCAAGGCUCUGGUCAGUGUCCGCCUGUAUGAGUCGAGCCGGUUGACCAAUAUCAAUGGCAAGACCGUGCGCAAGGUCUUCCCCGGCCACUCUGUAAUGGCCACCGCCGACAUGGUCGCUGGCAAGGCCAAGCUGACCAUGGAUCUGAAGGAGUUCGCCAGCUAUCUGCAGCGAGAUUUGACAUUUUCGAGUGCUCAGAUUACGGCCACCGUCGAGGAGGACUUCACCGGCGUUAAGCUCAGCGAGACGGGCAUUGUCCGUCUGUAUCCCAAUCGCUAUUUAAUGUCCUGCGCGGACCAUCCCACCUGCCGUUCGUACAAGCCCGACAAGGAGCACCAAAUGGCCUUCAAAAUAACCCUCGUCGAUGGUACACUGCUCACGGACACCAAGUCUGUGGUGAAGGUUAAGUUUACUGAGGGAAUUUUAAUCAAAUUUAGACUUUACGGCAAACAGAAGGAGAUUCCAGUACCCAAGAUUGAGAACAAAACUUUCGUGUUCGAGAGCCAUUUGAAUAAGUCCAGCAUGGCGAAUUUCAAGGUGACUCUACCCGAUCUGCCGGACUUGGCCAACUUCACCCACUUCUAUAACAUUGAGCUGGAGUUUCUCGACGAGAAGCGCGAACUCUACAAAAUCUUUCCCUAUAGGGAGCCCAAGAAGAAUGAGGAGUUAAAGGAGUGGUUUGUGGCCAAAGUGCAGAGGCCAAAGGGCAAAUGGAGACUAAAGAUCGGCCAGGAGUAUCAGGUGACCCUCAACUCCAGUCGUCCGCUAAAAUACUUCGUGUAUAACAUCGUGGGACGUGGAGAUAUUCUGGAGACGAAGCGAUUCGAGUUAGAUGAGCCCAAGAAAACCGUCAAUGUGACAUUAAAGCCCACCUUCCUAACCUCACCCGAUGGUCGUAUGUACUUCUACUACGUGGAUGAGACUGGCGGACUCCAAUAUGCCGAGGAAAGGUUCAGGGUGGAGCUGGAGCUGCAGAACAAGAUCGAAAUCAAGGCCCCCAAGGAGGUGAAGCCGGGUGCCGAUGUCGAGCUGGAGAUCAAAACGCCGCCAAAGUCCUUCGUUGGCCUACUGGCCGUCGAUCAGAGUGUGCUCCUGUUGGGCAACCACAACUACUUAAGGAAGGAGCAUUUGAACUGGCAAAUGGGUAGGUACUUCACCUCCACACCCUGGCACGGCGGCUACUUUCUCUACCCCGGAGAGCUCUCCGGUCUCGUUACGAUGAGCAACGCCCACUUCUACAAUCGCACCAGACGUCGUAAAGUUACUAACUCAGAGAUGGCGCCAACCGCGGAAUUGGCCGAGACAGGAGCCGCUGACCCUGUUGUGCGAAAGAAUUUUGCGGAGACCUGGAUUUUCGCCGACAUUAAUAGCACUGAGAAGGAGGUGUUCAAGUGGAUCAAGACCAUUCCCGACACGAUUACCAACUGGGUGGUAACCGGCUUCUCGCUGCAUCCGCUCAAGGGCUUGGGAAUCACGAAUGAGCAGGUGCACAUUAGGACGUUCCAGCCGUUCUUCGUCUCCGUCCGAUUGCCGUACUCGGUGAAACGCGGUGAGGUGAUCAAUGUGCCCGCUCUGGUCUUCAACUAUCUGCCCAAGCAACUGGACGUGGAACUGACCCUGGGCAACGAGGAUGCUGAGUACGACUUUGUGGAUGCCUCCAAUGAGGUUAUCGGUGACCGGAAGCGUUCGCUGAAAAUUCGAGUGGGUGCCAACGAAGCGGCUGGUGCCUCAUUCCUCAUCCGACCCAAGGUGAUUGGCAAUAUUCUGCUCAAAUUUACGGCCAUCUCACCUCUGGCCGGCGAUGCUGUGCACAGGGCCCUGAAGGUAGUCCCCGAGGGCAUCACCCAGUACCAGAACAGGGCCUUCUUUGUUAAUCUCAAGGACACGGAUAAGUUCAAGAACACCUUCGAGCUGAAAGUGCCGGCGGAGUUGGUUCCCGAUUCGGAGCGUGUGGAGUUCGGACUGGUGGGUGAUCUCCUGGGACCAGUGGUCAGGAAUCUGGAGCAUCUCCUCAGAUUGCCCAGCGGUUGCGGUGAGCAGACCUUGUCCAAUCUGCUGCCCAGCUACUUGCUCAGGGGCUACCUGAAGAGCAUCAAGAAAUUGACGCCCGAUUUGGACACUCGCAUCAAGCGGAAUCUGCAGAAGGGCUAUCAGAAUAUGUUGCAAUAUCGCCACAACGAUGGCAGCUUCAGUUCCUUUGGACCGAAAAAGUGGCGGCAGGAGGAUCCGGAACGCAAUGGCUCCACCUGGCUGACCGCCUAUGUGCUGCAUUCGUUUAGCAAGAUCAAGGACAUCGUUGAUAUAGACAAGAAGAUUUUGGCCAAGGGCUAUAAGUUCCUGCUCACUCGCCAGGCGGCAAAUGGCAGCUUUACGGAGUUGGGCGAAAUUUUCUAUGGCUCGCAGAGAUCUCUGCUGACCCUUACGGCCAACUCGCUGCUGGCCUUGCUGGAGGAGAAGAAGCCCAACCGAACUGCCAUUGACAAGGCGGUGGCCUAUCUGAGCUCCAAUACGGCCGAGUCCGUGGAGCUGUUGCCCAAAUCCAUAGCCAUCUAUGCCCUGCAAAGGGCCAAGGCCCCGCAAGCUGCCAAACAGGUGGCCGCCCUCAAAGCGCUGGCCAAGCAGGAGGAUGAUCGCACUUGGUGGGCCGAGGAUCUGGAGGAGCGGCACAAACCCAAGAACUGCCAGGGCUGGUGGUGUUGGGUGCGGAGUAAGGAUGUGGAGACCACCUCGUACGCUCUGCUCUCGCUUUUGGAAUCCGAGCAGAAGACGGCCGACACUAUGCUGAGCACGGUUCGCUGGCUGGUGGCCCAGCGAAAUAGCUUCGGAGGAUUCGGCUCCAGCCAGGACACUGUGGUGGGUCUCACCGCCCUCAUAAAGUUCGCCGAGAAGUCGGGCUACAAAGCGGCCAAGUGUGAGGUGACCGUUUCCAACAAGGGCAAGCGCGAGAAGACCGAGAAGCUGACCACAUCGGAGGAGAACGAUCUGAUGCUCCAGACGGUGGACUUCCCGCAGGGCACCAAGUCCAUGGAGUUCGAGGUGAAGGGCACUGGCGCAGCUCUCGUCCAGAUAAGCUACCAGUACAAUGUGGUGGAGAAGGAGCCGAAGCCCAGUUUCAAGGUUCAGGCCACUGUUAUACCCGGAGCAUCGUCGGUCAAACUGCAGUUGAACGUUUGCGUGGACUUCGUGGAGAAGGGCAAGUACAAGGAAUCCAACAUGGCCAUUCUGGAGGUGUCCCUGCCCUCGGGCUACACCGCCGAUCAGGAUAGCUUCAAGGACAUCCGUAACAUUGCUCGUGUCAGGUUGGUGGAGACCAAGAACGGUGACUCUGUGGUGGUCGUCUACUUCGAGAAGCUGGCCAAGAACGAAAACAAAUGCAUUCCCGUCCAAGCCUUCAGGACCCAUGCGGUGGCCAACCAGAAACCGUCCUCAGUGAUCCUCUACGAUUACUAUGACACGAACAAGAGGGCCACCGAGUACUACUCCAUCAAGUCGAAGCUCUGCGACAUUUGCGAGGGAGACGAGUGCAAGCGCAAGUGCCAAAGUAUUUAAAGCAUAAUGAACUCACAAUAUCUGUUGUUCUAACAUCAAAUAAAAUAUUGUGAUACA